GUAGCCCCGUCGGCGAAAAAAAUCGCAGCAGCCCCACCGCCAAAUAUCUCCACGUGCGGAUGUACUCUGCCACAGUAAAAACAGGCAAUUACGGUUUCACUUCUAAAAUAAAACAAUACAUGGGACAAUGCUGACGUAAUGCUGAGUCAUCCAUGCUCCGCCCGCAAGUCUUGUAUCUUUGACUUUGGUCGCCGCCCGCCCAUCAGACGUGACAGCACAGGCUGUGUUUCCAGGUGCUGUUACAGUGAAGAUGGACUUUAGCAUUAGUUGCAAUGGCUUAUUUGCCUUCUGAAGCUAGCUAGCUGUGUCUCGGAGGUUUGUUUUUCCCUGUCAAAUCUCCGUGGGAAGGGAGCGAGAACUGGGCUAGUCUCACAAAGACCACAAAAAAUGCACCCUGACUCGGAAUUGAGAAUUUGAACUGCAUCGCUGGGAUAAAUAAUUUAUGUGGUCAUGGCUGGGCUGAUCAAGAAACAGAUCCUCAAACAUCUCUCCAGGUUUGCUAAGAACCUGUCCCCAGACAAGAUCAACCUGAGCACGUUGAAGGGCGAGGGCCAGCUCACCAACCUGGAGCUGGAUGAGGAGGUACUGCAGAGCAUGUUGGACCUGCCCACCUGGCUGGCCAUCAACAAAGUGGGCUGCAACAAGGCUGCCAUCCGGAUCCCAUGGACCAAACUUAAGACCCACCCCAUCUCUCUGACCCUGGACAAGGUGGUAAUGGAGAUGAGCACCUGUGAUGAGCCCCGCCCUCCAAAUGGCCCGUCUCCCAUAGCAACGGCCUCUGGGCAAAGUGAGUAUGGCUUUGCUGAGAAGGUGGUGGAGGGCAUCUCUCUGUCCAUCAACUCCAUCGUGGUGAAGAUCAGUGCCAAGGCGUUCAACGCCUCCUUUGAGUUGAGCCAGCUGCAGGUCUACUCUGUCAACACCAGCUGGAGCCUGUCGGACCUCCGCUUCACACGCAUACAGGACCCACACAGAGGAGAGAUCCUGACGUUUAAGGAGAUCAGCUGGCAGAUGAUCCGCAUCGAGGCGGACGCCAUCCAGAGUGCCCAGAACGAGAUGCUGAGUGCCCCCAUCCGCCUCAUCACCAACCAGUCCAAGAUCAGAGUCACCCUGAAGAGACGGUCCAAGGACUGUAACGUGGUGGCCUCUAAGCUGAUCCUGAUCCUAGAUGACCUGCUGUGGGUGCUGACUGACUCCCAGCUCAAAGCCAUGGUCCAGUACGCCAAGUCACUCAGCGAGGCCAUGGACAAGUCUGCUCAGCAGAGGAAGAGCAUGGCCACCGAGGACCAGGAGUCGUCGGCGCCCCCUUCAGCCCAGCAGGUGCGUAGCCAGCAGGUGUCGUCAGGCACAGCGGCUGACCAGAGCGCCACCAUGGCUAAUCUGUUCGCUGCCUUCGACGUGUGUGAGACCUCCCACCACCUGCAGAUCACACACCUCGACCUGCACAUCUGUGACGACAUACACGCCAAGGACAGAGUGAUCAAUAAGAGGAUAACUGGUGGGGCCAUGCAGCUCUCCUUCAGUCACAUUACCCUGGACUACUAUCCCUCCCACAGAGCAGGUGAGAGUUGUCUCCACUGGAUGCAGUACAGUGAGGCCACUAAGGCCAGGGAGGGCUGGGCCAGGAGUCUGCUGGAGGAGUUCAAGUCUAACGUGGAGAUGUUGAAGACCGCCAAGAGAGACCGGGAGGGCCCGGCCAACUCUCACACCUCACCACAGCACGGUAAGAUCAGUACUAGUUCUACCAGUAUCCUCAGUUCUCCCCAAACCCCCAGGGCACAGCUCCUGUCCAGCUCCAUUGUCCUCAGGAUAGCUGACUUCAGCAUCUACCAGGUGUCCACAGCAGACCAGCGUCGCUCCAGCCCUAAGGCCAUGAUCUCCUGUAAUAAGAAGUCCCUAUACCUCCCUCCUGAGAUGCCUGCCAUCCACGUCGAGUUCACCGAAUACUACUUCCCUGACGGAAAGGACUACCCCAUCCCCUGCCCCAACCUGUAUGUGCAGCUGAAUGCGCUGCAGCUGGUGCUGGACCCCAGGAGCCUGGUGUGGUGCAACCUGUUUACGCUGGAUCUGAGGCAGAGCCUGGAACAGUUCAUGGAGCUCUACAAGCUCAACGACGAGGAACAGAAGCCUGACGAGCACAUCGACAUCAGGGUGGACGGACUAAUGCUGAAGUUGGUAGUGCCCACGGACAGGGACCCCUCCUAUCCCCAGGACCUCCCCCGUUCCGUCUCCGUCCAAUGCUCGGAGAUGGUGGCCACCAACACCCGCCACCCCCCCAACUGCUCCCGCUCCCACCUGGAAGCCCUCCUCCUCUCCUUCCAAGAACAACAGUUCUUCUCCACCUCCUUUUCCUCCUUCCCUCGCUCCUCCACCUCCUUCCCGGUGAUCCACCCCGUUUUCCAGCGCCAUGCGCAUGAGCAGGACACUAUGUUGCACAAUGUGUAUAAAGGGUUGGUGUCGCCCUCGUUGGGCGUGGAUGCCCUCAAAAUGCCAGCUGCCACAGACUUGUGGGCGGUUCAUUUUGCCCAGUUCUGGGUGGACUACGAGGGGAAGGGGCGUCCCCAGCCCUUUGUUGACGCCUUCCCCCUCACUCUGUGGGCGUGCCAGCCGGUCAGACAUGCCCAGCACCAGGAGCGGCUAAUGGGCGGGGCUUCGAGAGGGCAGAGAACGCCCCUUUCUGCAGCUGCAGGCCUGGCCAGGAGCGAGCCUGUGGAUACCGUUGGACAUCUGCAGAGGAAGAGGCUUUUGAAGGAGUACUAUAGUACUGUUACGGACGCCACGGCAACAGAGGCCUCGCUACCGCCUAGCAACGGGUUUCACAAACCACUGUCCCUGGACAACAUCCCCCCACCUUCCUCGUCAUCCUCUUCCAGUAAGGAGGCAGACAUGCACAUGUUAGUGCACGUACAAAAGCAUUUGAGUGCUCAGGUGAGCCACAGGCAGUACAUGUUCCUGAUGCGGCUGCAGCGCAGCAUCAAAGCCUUGCAGCACACCCUGCAACAGGACCUGGAGGGGAUGGGCUCCAAACGAGACAAGGCAAAGACCACAUCGGACCCCACUCCAGACCACCAGCCCUUCAGUGCCUGUGUGGGGAUCCUGCUCAAAAGUGCAGAGGUAGCCCUCCUCUUGAAGCCGGUACCCCAGCCCGAGGGUCCUGGUUCCCUCCUAGGGUCUGAGUUGUCCCCCUCGGAGAGUAGAUGCACCUUGGAGACUGGGAGUGACGGAGGGGAGGGGGGGGAUAGAGGAACCCACGUGGAGGGGGCUGGGGCGAAGGGAAGCUGUACAGUGGACCAGCUUAUGUGCGGGGGAGGGGUAGUGGGUGGGAUAACGCAAGGCCCCGACCCUCUCAUCCCUGCCUCUGCCCCCAACCUGAAGGCUUCUCUUGACGAGAGGACAGGGAGAUCAAGUUCAGAUGAGUUGGGAGAGGUUUCCCUGGAGGCCUGGACUGGGGGAGAGGAGCCGGGGACUGGAGUUGAUUUUAAAGCCCAGCAGGGUGAGUCCUCCGGGGCAGACCCCACUCUCUCAGACCCCCUCUCCACCAAAGACUGGAACGAGAAGAACCCUGGGGCCAUAUUGCCUGAGUCUAUGUCCAGGAAAGGCAGUCUGUCAGUGGUUUCUGACCGGCUCAGCUCCUCAAACACCCGGUCCACCUCCCUAUAUUCUAUUUCCAACAUUGGGCGUCUGAUGAGGGAGCGUUCCCAGUCCAGUUUCUCAGUGUCCUAUAAGAACAUGAAGAAGACUCCGUCUCUGCAGUCCUUGGACAACCUCUCCAUAGACAGCUACCUGAUGGAGGACGGAGACACAGACACAUACAGCCUGCUGGAGAGGGACGACGUGUCCAUCUCAGGCUUUAAGGAUGUGGUGAGGGAGCAGAGUGCCACAGAAAUUGCCAAGGAGGCAGCAGCAGUAGCGGCCAUGGGCACAGGGGAGCAGGACUGUGCUGGCUCACCAGAUACUGUCAGUGCCACCUCCCAGAGCAUCGACGAACCUACCAAAGACAUGGUGUCGGUGCUGGUGCUGAAGGUGCAGUGUGUGUGUGGGGGGAUGGAAGUGCGAGGGGAGAGCACGGCUGUGUCUCUGGAGGUGGGCUGCGUCAGACCCACACAGCUGGGAAACGUCAGCCUCCGACAAUACCUCAGCAACCGCAGCCUGGGUAUGGUACCCACUGCUCAGGGCAGCACUAUUGUACCCCCUGCCCCAGGCAGCGAAGGUGGUGGUCUGGAGGCCAAUUCAGACGGGACCACCCAUCUCCCGGAGGUCAGGGCUCGGCUGGAGAGCGGGCCCUGUGCUGCCACCCACUCCCCCCUGGCCGAGACCAACGGUUUCCUCCAGCUGCGUCUCCAUGGCUACCGGGCCAGCUUCCUCAUGUCGUCGCUAAGGAACCUGGCUCACUUCCUGGAGGAUGACUCUGCCCCCCAGGUCCUCCCGAUGGAGAUCAGCGUCAGGGACACACACAUCAACCUGAAGGAUGAUGGUCUCCGUGACAACCCGUCUGACCCUGAUACCACCCCCAUCACCCUGCACAUCGCCAACCUGCUCAUUCACAGGACAGACGAUGGAGCCUUCUCUAUAGGGGUGGAAAAUGUGUCUGAGGCGGGGCCUAAGAAAGAAGUCCAAUUGAUUGACAGUGGUCUGUCUCCAGUCCCUGAGAGUGUGGUCAGCAGCACUCCCAAGGCCACACAGACCCCCAGCCCUCCUAGCCCUAGCACAACCCCCUCCAACAAAGAACAGCUGCUGAUAGAGGAGAACGAGUGUUUGAAACUGGAGCUCUCCAAAGCCAAGAUGGCUCUAGCUGAGGCCCAAAUGGAGAAGGACUCCCUGUUGCACCGCAUGAAGAGUCUCAAAGUGAGCAACAGCUCGGGUAGGCCACCAGAGGCCCAGUGACCACCAGUCUGUAGUGCUGCAUAUCACCACAGGGGGGAAGCAGAGAGGAGAGAGGGGGUGCUGGAUACUGGAGCUACUUGAUAUAGCAUCACACAAGUAUUAUUCAAGCAUCAGCCAGGUCAUUCAAGCCUGUUCUGAUGAACUGGUCACCUAAGAACUAGACCACACACACACAGUCCAUGAAGUCUACUCCUUAACACACACACACACGCAGUCCCGGAACCAGAGAGGGGGUCUACUUUUUCACUUCAGCCUACCUACCACCCUCAUCCCUACCCCCAGUAGAGGAACUGGAGAGUGGACAGUGUUAAGACUUUCAUCCCCUCCUCCAUACAGUGCUGCCGUGUCAUCCCUGGGCUGGGACUAGGACUGCAGUACACAUGCUUGUUUUACGUGAUUGUUGUGCUUGUUUUGAGUUGCUCUCUUUAUGCAGUAGGUUAAUGUUCAGUCUCCACAUUAAUCCGACUCUGCAAGCCAGAGCAGCCUCCUAAAUAUGGGAGCGUAAGGAGGGAUGAAGGGGAGAGGGGACGAAUCUAAAGUAAACAGCCCUCAAGUGGAAUGGAGGGGGCUAGGGAGGUGGGGUGGGAGUCCUGAAUGUUAGUCUCGGGGGGGGGGGUUGCCCUCCCCGAAUCGAUACCUUCUAUAUGUAAUAUGACCUUUGAUGGGAGUGUCUUGCCUUGGUGGGGUGAGACACUGAAUGUCAUAUCUUUGGAGGAAUGUCUUAAAAAUAGACUUAUUUUGCACUGCGCUGAAACCGAACAUGUAAUUUGGUGCUUAUGAAAAAAUGUAUCUAGCUCUGAACCAAUUGUAUUUGGUGUGUGUAUGGUAAUGUACUUAUGAUGGGCAAAGCGUACACAAUGUUUUCUAUAGAAUUCUGAAUGGUUGUGCAGUGUGUUCAACAUGUAUUUGUCAUGUAACUAAAACAAGCAUUUCAUUUAAUUGAAAAGGAAAAUAUACAAUUCUAUAUUUUCACAUGUACUUUUCUUCCAUUCCAUCUAGUUGAUGUCUACAAUGCCCAUAAUGUCCCACUGCACUGUUUAUUCCCCACUAUUUUUCUACAUGUAAAUAGCUAGUUGUGUGUCCAGCGCUUAUGAACUACAUUCACUGUAAAUACGAUCCCUGUACGAAAGCAUCAUCCAAUCCGGUUGAGAACACUAUCCUGUCAUCUCUCGAACAUCCAAUGAGUGGAAAGAACACUAAUAUGGAGAGCAAUUACCAUCUCUUUUCUCCUAUGAGGAUAAAGCCUGGGGUGUAUUCAUUAUUUGGAUUCCUUUACAAAAUGUAUUUUCUGUUCAAAACGUUUUGCAACUAAAAACAUUUACUCCAAAUACAGCUCUUGCCUAGCCUUUGCCGAGCCCAACACCGGACGAUCAGGUUUUAAGGGGAAAUGGAAAGAGCCUGUGACGCGACUUCCACUUUUGGACAUUAACAAGGUGACGCUCCAUCUUCUCCUCUACAUGUACUGGAUUGGUUGAAUGUUGCGGAAGAGAACCUCCCUGACUCCUCUCCCCCCUUCUCGUCAAGAUUUGUUGUAAAGGAUCCAGUUUCAGGCGUUUAUUUUACGCCUGCUACGUUAGGUAACUCCUCCCAGUGCAGGAGGGGAAACAGGCAUGUGCUUUUCUGUGCGUGCAUUCUAUAUUUGCAUAAUUAUCCACGUGACGUCAUGCCCAUAUCUGCUGCACCAUGCUUGUCUGUUGGGGAAGCCUUGGAGUGUUGUAGAAUAGAGCUGUAUUUCCCCUUUGGAGCAUGCUUUUGGUUCACACAGAAUUCAGUCACAAGGCAGUUAUUUCUGAAGCAUCACGUCUUACACAGGGACGUUUCCAGUAGUAGCAUGAGAUUUGCUGACUUAUUACAAUGGCUUGCCUCUCUUUGAAGGUGCAGUCUGCAGGUUCUCUGUCCCAUAUGGCAAUGAGAUCAAGUAAAAACACAACUACCCUAAAACAAAACCGAAGAAGGUAAAGGUAGUUCUGUUUACACCAACGAUGGCAACGGGUCUUUCUUUGGUUUUCACUGGCAGGCUCACUCGAAUGACCCCAUCCUAGUCCUUCAAAAAGGGCAGUUUGGGAAUACAUACUUUUUCUACUUUAAAGUCCUUAACUAUCCAAAUGGUGGACCAAGCUCAGCCUAGGCCUAGUUCAGUCCAGCUGAAUGUCUUUCCAAGCUGCGCUGUCUGAGCUCUGCCUUGAUACGAUGCAGGUUCACUUACCUGCUCAACACUGACAAAACUUGAAUGGCUGGUAGGAUUUUAAUGCUUGAUUGUACUUUAAAGGCUGCCCUCCCCGGAGUUAACUUUCUCAUCCACUUCCUGGUCCAAAUGGACCCGCCCCCUCAUUACAAUAGCUCCUCCCUUGACCUGCUCAGCCGCUCCUCCUGGGAGCUCCGCCUCCUGAGAACCUGUGUACAAAAAUAAAAUGAUUUGUAAUAUUUGUCUGUUGAAGCUGCUGAGCUACUGAUGAAAAUAAAAAGUUAUCCAAUAA